ACGUUAUCUUUCUGUUAAGUUAUUCAGUUCGGUUUCACAGUCUGUAAAUCGCCCAACUGAUAUUGUUAGUUUUUGUGCGAUACCAACUACAGGGCGGCAAAGUCCUGUACCGUCAUUAGAUUAAAAUUCUAGUGUAGGUUGCUCGAUUAAAUCUACUUCUGUACGAAGUUUUGCUUCCGAACGCCACUAUGGAGCCUUUCAACUCAGAAUCUCCAUCUUCGAGUUCCUUGCAACCUGCUGUGUAUGCAGCAACCGUUAGUUCUGAUGUAUCGCUCCGAGGAGCGGACGAUCAGUCUAAACCCAUCCAGUGGAUUCCCUGCCAUCGUGCUGUUCUGGCAGCUCAGAGCACUUACUUCCGCUCUAUGUUCGCUUCGCAAAUGAAGGAAGCGAAUGAAAAGCAGAUUCAGCUCAAGGAUAUCCCCCAUGAAAUCUUAGACCAGAUUGUCCGGCACAUGUAUUCGUCAAAAAUCUCUUUGGAUGCCAACAACGUUUUGUUGCUCCUGGAAUCUGCAUUAUUCCUUGAUGUGAUUGAAAUCGUCGGUGCGUGCCAGGAAUUUUUAAAGCGCAACUUGAACACCGGAAACUGGUUAACUAUACAUCGCACGGCGGAAUUCCUGUCUUGCAGCGACUUAAUAAAAAUCUGCGAUGAAUUUAUGGUCAAGAAUUUUUCAGCUGUUUCGAAGUGUGACGAUUUUCUAGAAAUUAACGAAACUCAGAUGAUGGAACUUAUUGCAUCAGACGAUUUGUUCGUGAAGAGCGAGGACGAAGUAGCAGAUGCCGUGAUUCGCUGGUUGAAUAACAAUUCAGCUCAACGGUUACAUCACAUUGGCGAGAUUUUGCCGCUGGUUCGAACGCCCUUUCUAAGUGCUGAGCGACACAAAUUAAUUCAUGGCAUCUAUAUGAAUCCAGAACAGGUAUCCCGUGAACAGUUCCGAAAGGUCACAGACGGCAUAAUCCAACACACGCCGUAUCAGCACCGUAAAUCAUGCAAGCCGGUCUUGGUAGCCAUUGGCGGGGAACAGAGGCUGAAGUUCGUCUACCGUUUCGAACCAAGUACCGAGAAAUGGAUCCCAGUGCGCCUGCUGCCUCAGUCGCCGAAAAGUCAAUCUGCAUAUCUACCCAUUGUCGUAACGUCCAGCGUAUUUUCGAUCCAGGUAGUGUGCGUAUUUUCGAUCUGAUUCACGAUGAUGGCAUCGCUCGUAGCUGUGUAUGGCAGUAUGAUUCCGAUACGGACCAAUGGGAGCGCUUGACUCCGCUGCCCGACGGACGGUGCGAGGGUCCGUUAGUGGCCAAUGAAAAGACUUAUGUUCUUGUUAGCGGUGACGAAUCGCAGAGCUUCCUGUGCUAUAAUGAACACUCCAAAGAAUGGGACAAAUGCGCGACGGUUCCCGGCAAGAUUUGCCUGUCUUCCGCGAUGACGGUACACGAUAAUGGCUGCAUCUACAUGUUUGGCGGCCACGACGUAUCUUAUAAGGUGGACAAAAAAGGCCGUCACUCGGGCUCCGCUUACUGUUUCAAUACACGCGACAAGACGAUUAAACCGUUGGCAAAAAUGCCGACAAAGCGAUACAACUGCAGUGCCGGUGUGGGCCCCAAUGGGCUGAUAUAUGUCAUGGGUGGAAUUGCUGCUGAGCACAAGCGCGGGUUCCGCGAAAUUUUUGUCUACUGUUUGGAGGUUUAUGAUCCGAAAACUAACGAAUGGGAGGUAGAGGAUGUGGAGAAAUAUGAUAUAACGUUUAGCGCGGCUCGAAUGUUUACGUUCGGUGGAAAGCUGCACUGUGUGCCUGGGGGGUGUCAGUCAAUGGCACACUAUGAUGCACUGCGGGACCGAUGGAUGUCCGUCAAAAGCGAUUUACCGCACCAAUUGAGUGGGUGCUCCGGUUAUGCGGUAAUUCCACAACACAUUGUGCGGAAAUGGACGCAACAACCCGGUUCCUGUGCGCACUUGGAGUGUGCUAGCGGUUGCUCAGAAGAGCACUGGUAGUGGCAGUUCUCAAAGAAAUUUAGACCUGUAAGAAGUUAUGCAGACUGAUGCGACUGGAUGCUGUCGGCUGCGCCGAUUAGAUGUGUUCCAUAAUUUGAAUAAGGGAUAAGUAAGAAAGUUUCUGAUAAGUAAGACGUUGGGAGUAUUUGGCCCCGCUUUCAGUGAAUUGUUGCAUUUCAUGGGCCGUAAAAUUCGAGACUUAACUGGAGAAGCACGUUCUACUGCUUUCAUUAAGCAACGUUUUAGUCUCGCCGUUGUAAAAGGAAAUGCUACGGCUGUUUUGAGCACGUUACCUUUUAACCCACGAGAAGAUCGAGAUUUUGGUUGUUU